AUGAACGGAAUCUUUGAAGGAAUUGAAAAAAGGGUUGUGAUCAAAUUAAAGGAGAGUUUUUUCAAAGGAAAUAGAAAUGUGAACUCGUUUUUAGAUAUACCUAAAGAAUUAUGGGAAGAAAAAUUAAAAUACAUCGGUUGUAGUAUUGUAUCGGAAAUAAGUGAGGACAAGAACGAGAGAAGAGGUGAACGAUGUCGUGUUUAUUUAUUAUCAGAGAGUUCUUUAUACAUUUUUGAUGAUUCUUUAUUUAUUAAGACAUGUGGCAAAACAAGAGUUUUAUUUUUCAUACCGUUUGUGGUUGAUUUAUUAAUAUAUCAUAUGGACAAUGUAGGUAUAAUAGAAAAGAAUUGUGUAUAUGAUGAGACGUUUAUUGAAAACGAUAAAUUCCAUAAUAUAGCUGAAUUCAUAAAAGAACAUUUCCUUUAUUGCUUUUUUACGCAUAUGAAUUACCGAAAUAAAACGAAAGAUGGUUAUUUUGAACAAGAAUAUCCACACAAAUCUGUUGAAGAUGAAAAGAAAUUUUUUGAGUUUUUUUUUAAGAACGUACAAAUGUAUAAUACAAAUUUACCUAUGGAGAAAAUGCAUCAUAUAUUAUUUUACUGUUCUGAUGAUAUACAUAUGACGGAUGUAGCUUCUACCUUUAAGUUCUGUUCGGAAAUACAUUUGUUUGGAAUUAACAAAUAUAAUGAAAAGAAUCAAUUCCAUGAUGCUUAUCUGAAUAAGAAGUCGUUGAAUCUAUUUACAAGAGUACAUCAAGAUAAUUUAAAGCUUUAUGAUAGUGAUUCUGAUAAAGAAUUAACCCACAUCUAUAGUACCAGAGGGACAUAUGAAGGUACACAAAUGGUGAAUUGUGUGGAUGUGAUAUAUAAGAAUGAAGAAGGUACAUUAUUAAAUAGGAAUAAUAUAGAAAGUAUCCCUUCUAUCGAAAAUAAAGAGAGUAAUAAUACUAGUAGUUGUCAUAAUAAUAAUAGUAGUAGUUGUCAUAAUAUUGUUAGUGUUGUUCCUUCCGAAAGAAAUAAUGAUAAUGUACAUCACAGAUAUUAUGAAGAUAACAUAAAUUGUUCAAGUAUUUCUGGAGAAGACAAAAAUAGAAAUGCACUACCAGAAAAAGAAAAGGACGAACAUGUAAGAAGAGAUGAUGAAGAAAAUAAAGUUCUAAUAAAAAUGUUGGAUACGAAUUUAUACGAAUGUAUAAAUGAUAAGAAGGAAAGCUUUUUAUAUAAUGAAUUUUAUUUUACACCUUGUGGUUAUUCUUGUAAUGUUUCCGAAAAAAAUAAUUAUUUCUGUGUACAUUAUUCACCAGAAGAUUGUGUAUCUUAUGUUUCUGUUGAGGUAUCUUCAAAUUUGUCGUGUGAUCGAUUUUUAGACUUUAUGCAGAACCAGUGGAAUUUUUAUAAUGGAAAGUAUAUGUACAUGAUAAAUUAUGUAUUUUGUGAGGAUAGUAACAACAUGUCUAAAAUGGUAACUACUGAUGAUAAUAAUAAUAAUUAUUAUUAUAAUUAUAGUAGUGGUAAAAGUUGCUUUUAUUAUCAAGCAUUAAAUGAGAAAGAAAAAGAAGAAUAUUAUCGCUUGAAGAAAAAAUUAACAAACGAUUUAUUUAUUAAUUCGAAACAAUUCUAUGAAUUACAUACAUUUACCGAACGAACGGUUGGAUUUAUGAAAGUGCAAUAUUUUGUUUACAAAUUAAGAGAUGUUGUUAAAUGUAUAGAAAAAGAAACUUUGCUAGCUAGUAGUUCGUCUUGUUUAUUUAUGUUUAAUAGAAUGAAACAAAAUGACGUACAUGAUGAUUAUGUAACGAAAUUGUCAAAUGGUGGUGUAAUAAAACAAUUAACGGAAAGAGAUGUUGAUGAUAUGUAUGAGUAUGCUUUAAAUUUUUGUAAACAAAAUAAAAUAGCUGUUGUAGAUACUAAUACCUUUUUUGAUGCUUCUAAAGAAAAGGAGAACUCGAUAAAACUUGAAAAGAUACAAACAAAUGACAAGGAAGAAGAAAAAAAAGAAGAAGUGUAUCGAAAGGAUAAUAACGAAUUGAGUUCGUUGGAUCAUUUGGCUAGUAAGAAUAAUUUAAUACAUAUGUAUUAUGAUAAGAACAAAUGUGUUAUCAUAAAUAAGGAUGAUGAGAAUUCAACGAUAGCGACGAAUAAUAAUGAUAAUAAUAAUGAAAAUAAUAAUGAAAAUAAUAAUGAUAGUAGUUCUUAUGUCAAAAGUAUAACGAUCAGUAGAAACAGUAGCUGUAAUAAUAGCAAUGUAAGUUCUAGUACUUUUGAUAAUAAUCAUGGAAAUGAAAAAAUGAAAGAUUAUAUAUGUGUUGAUGAAAAUAAUAAUAAUAAUAAUAAGGUGUUUUUAACUUUACAAAGGAACAAUGAUGAUAAAAAUGAUAAAGAUGAAGAAGAAGAAAAGGACGUAAAUAUAAAAAACAAUAUGGAAAAGAAUUAUAAAGAAGAAAUAUUUAAUUAUUAUACGAAAAAUAAAAUGGAAGUAAAAACAUUAGAAAAAGUAUUAAAUGAAAAUAUAGAUACAUCUGUAGUUUGUAUAAAUUUACAGAAAAUAUUAGCUCAAUAUGUUAGAUUUAAAAAGAAUCUUCCACAUGUUACUCCAUUUUAUUCUGUAAAAAGUAAUAAUGAUGAAGUUGUAAUAAAAUUUUUAUAUGGAUUGAAUUGUAAUUUUGAUUGUGCAUCUAUAGGCGAAAUAAAUAAAGUAAUAAAAUUAUUACCAAACUUAUCAAGAGAUAGAAUAAUUUUCGCGAAUACAAUUAAAAGUAUUAAUUCUUUAAUGUAUGCAAGAAAAGAAAAUAUUAAUUUAUGUACAUUCGAUAAUUUAGAUGAAUUAAAAAAAAUAUAUAAAUAUCAUCCGAAAUGUUCUUUAAUAUUACGUAUUAAUGUAGAUUUUAAAAAUUAUAAAUCUUAUAUGUCCUCAAAAUAUGGUGCUAAUGAAUAUGAGUGGGAAGAAAUGUUAUUGUAUGCAAAAAAACAUAAUUUAAAUGUUGUAGGUGUAUCAUUUCAUGUUGGUAGUAAUACAAAGAACUUGUUUGAUUUCUGUUUAGCGAUUAAAUUAUGUAGAGAUGUAUUUAAUAUGAGUACUAAUAUGGGAUUUAAUUUUUAUAUAAUAAAUUUAGGAGGGGGGUAUCCAGAAGAAUUAGAAUAUGAUAAUGCAAAGAAGCAUGAUAAAAUUCAUUAUUGUACUUUAAGUCUUGAACAAAUUAAAAAAGAUAUAGAAAAUUUUCUUAAUGAAGAAACAUUUCUAAAGACCAAAUAUGGAUACUAUAGUUUUGAAAAAAUUUCAUUGGCUAUUAAUAUGUCAAUCGAUCAUUAUUUUAGUCAUAUGAAAGAUAAACUAAGAGUCAUUUGUGAACCAGGUAGAUAUAUGGUGGCUGCUUCUUCCACUUUAGCCGUUAAAAUUAUAGGAAAGAGACGUCCAACUUUUCAGGGCAUUAUGUUAAAAGAUUUAAAAGAUCAUUACGAUCCUUUAAAUUUUGCUCAACAAGAAAUUAAGAAACAAGACGAAACAAAAGUAAACCACAAUAAUGAGAAUAAUAAUAAUAAUAAUGAUAAUAUUCAACAAGGGGGCCGAGGAAAUAUUAUGAAUGAUCUAUUAAUAACUAGUACAAAUGAUUCUACUAAUAAAAGGAAUAAUCAUCCUUCUAGUGAAGUUAUUGAAAAUGUAUCGGGCACAAUACGUGAUAAAGAAGGAGAUAAUAUAAAAGGAAAAGAAAAUACCGUGGAUGGUGAUGAUAAUAUUAAUAUUGCUCAUAAAAAUAUUGGUAAUAACUUUAGUAGUAGUAAUUCAAAAUUAGGCAACAUAACAAAUAUUAAAAAAAAAGUUGUUAAUAUUAAUGACAAUAGAUAUAAUUAUUUCUCAUAUUAUGUAAGCGAUAGUAUAUAUGGUUGUUUUAGUGGUAUAAUUUUUGAUGAAUACAAUAGAUGUCCUAUUUAUGUUAUUAAAAACAAAAAUAACCCUAAUCAAAAUUUUAUGAAUUCUAAUUUAUAUUUAGCUAAUGUAUUUGGACAAUCAUGUGAUGGCUUGGAUAUGAUUAAUUCUAUUACCUACUUACCUGAGUGUUAUAUUAAUGAUUGGCUUCUAUAUGAAUAUGCUGGGGCAUACACUUUUGUGAGCUCAUCAAACUUUAAUGGAUUUAAGAAAUGCAAGAAGGUCUAUAUAUUCCCUGAAUCCAAACCUUCCCUUAAGGGUCAACCAAACAAACAUUGGUAA